UACAUUUGAAAUGAAUAAUCAACCCGAUCUGAGCUAAUCUAUUCAAAAUAAGUGAUACUCGUUGGUUAUUUCGUUGUUCCCAAGCCAAGGACUCAUGGCUUGAUGUGGCGGUGAUCACCGACCAGACCAAAUUUUUAAUUCAACGAAAUUUUUAUGGGCGUUAGAAUUUGGAUAUGUGGCACCCAAACAAUUAUUACUGGCAGCAUCAGAGGGCCGAUGUCCGUCGCAACUUUCAUCAAUAUCCCAAUAUGAGCGCCUGCAACUACAGCAUGCAGGUGUUCUACAGGAUUUUCCCACAACGGCGGCCAUAUUAUUUCUACCAGCAGCCGGUUAACUAUUAUAACUACCAGCACCAGGCUUUUCAAUACAACUUCCAGGAGCAGUGUUUUACAACACCAAUGCAGAUUAACCCACAUAACUACCCACAACUUAACGAAAUAUCUAACCACUGCAGUAUUCCGCAGAUCAGACCAAGCUAUUGUUCCUAUGCGAGCAAGCAGGGAAAUUGCAACCGGUGCCGUUCUCCGAAAAAUAGAUUAUGUAAUUGUUCUUGUCCGAGUCAACAGGACAAUUCGUCUCAACAACCAAAAAUAGCCGCCAAUGAAAUGGUGGCAUCUUUGGAAAUCGCUUCAGUUGAGAAUAGUGCUGACCUAGGGGGUAGUGGAGAAAACGAUUAUUCUGGGGCCCUCUCACAACCCGUUGUAAAUGAAGAUUUAUCUAAAAAAGAAGUGUCAGAUUGUGCCAACUAUUCACGAUCGAAACCAAAGGAUGAGCAAGAAAUCAGAAAUAAUCUGUCGGACGAUGAGGAAAGGAAAAGCUCUGAGAAAAAUUAUCCACAAAAGCGCAAAAACUCGGAGGAUACUAAUCCUACUUAUUACCUCGACGAUCAAGAAAUCCGAACAAAUGUAUUAGAUGAUGAGGAAUCGAAAAGCUCUGAGAAAAAAAACGAAUCAUCUGUGGAACGUGUGUCAGAUGAUACGGGAUGGAUAAAUUCUGGGAAAGAAACCGCAUCGCCUGUGGAAAAUAAUGAGCCACAGGCACUUGAAUUUGAUUUUUAUCAGGAAGACGAAAUAGUUUCUUCUAACUUUUCGCAAGUCAAACCGAAAUUGCAAAAGCCACAGGAUUCUUAUCCCAUUAUUUACCCAGAUGAUCGCAAAAUCGAAACGAAUGGAUCCGAAGAUAAGGAAUGGAUAAGCCUUAAAAAGGAAAACCCAUCGUCAAUUCAAAAUGUAAAUGAGUCAGUAGCGCUUGGGAGUCGUGAAAAUGCCAGCCCAGCUAGCGAUGUGGACGGUCAAUGUAUAUAUCCUGAGGACUCUGUUUGCUUGGAUUUCCAAUUGCCGGCUCGCGAUAUUAAGGCUACGCUGAACUUAAAGGAGCGCUUUGAAAUGCAGUUGGUGAAGGUGUGCAGUCCACACAACUUCAAAAUCUGGAUAUAUGACGAAAAGAUUCAUGACUAUUGGGUCUUGUCCUGUAACAUGCAAACGUUUUACGAAAGUCAAGACAUGAAAACGUACACUAUUCCCGAGAGUUUAAUUGCCUUGAAUCACUUGUGCGUGGUGCGAUCAUGCAAUUCGGGGGUGUGGGAAAGAGCCAAAGUGGUGCGACACCAACCAACUAACAUAAUGAAGACCAUAGAUGUGAAACUCCUAGACACCGGGGACAUAAUGUGUGUGUCCUACGGAGAUGUUAAGUUUUUGAAGAAGGAGUUCGCUGUGUUGCCGCCGCUAUGUUUGCACGGUCGCCUGGCCUAUAUAGUUCCCUGGAAAGGCUCGACAUGGUCAUCGAGUGUCAGUGCCUACUUUUUCAGUCUGAUUCGCUAUCGUAGACUUCUCGCUAAAAUCGAAGCUAUCAAGGAUAACGUUGCCUACCUGGUACUAGUGGAUCCGUUAAUUAAUUCGCCUAUAAAGAACAUAAACAAGAUGCUUAUACACUCUGGUUGGGCGCGUCGCUGCUUCACACCCUAGCUUUUCUCUUAAUUUAAUUACU